AUGACAUUUAUUUAUUACAGAUUGAAUAGAAGUUUGAUAGCCAGUAGAAGUAUUAGAACCUACAAGAGUGCUGCCACUAGCGGUUCUUCUGAACAUGGAUUUGGUUUGAGAGGAAAUGGCGUAAGGACAAGCAAACAUCAAACCAGAGAAGCGUUGUUCAAUCUGAAUAGCAAAAAUAGACAAGAUUCCAAUCAGAAAUUACCUUCAUUUAACAAGAACUAUGUUGAAUUCACAGAAUCAGUUAAGAGUUUUACAGGCUUGACACUAGUAGAUGGUUUAUUAGAAAGUAUACAGUCUAUAAUAGGCGCUAAAACACUGCCAACGUCAAUACAAUCACUCUCUUUUAUGUCACUAUUAAAUGGACGCAAUAAACAGAGUUUGUUAGCUGCUGAGACUGGAAGUGGCAAAACAUUCGCAUUCUUAAUCCCACUCAUACACUCCUUGAAAUCAACCGAGGGUUCGUCGAAGAAGACGAAACCUAGAGCUAUCAUAGUGGCACCAACGAGAGAACUAUGCCGUCAGUUAACGUCCCAAGUAAAAGCAUUAACGCAUAAUGCAAAACUUAAGAGUACAUAUGUACACAACGCUGAAGAUGGUCCAUUUGACAAUGACGACGUUAUCGUAGGAAGUCCAGAGCAGUUACUCAAAUUAGAUGACGGAUUUGAAGGUGUAGAAUGGCUCGUUAUAGAUGAAGCUGACGCAUUAUUUGAAAAAGACUUUAUCGCAUCAACUGAAUCACUGAUUGAAACUAUACGUCGCGUAAGAGGUAACAAUGUCAAUCUUGUUAUGAGCACUGCGACAGUAAAUGAGAAAUUUAGUAAAUACUUGGACGAGACUUAUCCGAAAAUAAAUCGCCUUAUAAGUCCAAAAACACACACACUUCCACGAGCUUUGAAAGUUAAUUACGCACCAUACGUCAGUGGUAAUAAGUUAGCUGAUCUCAAGAACGCAAUAAGUGAUUCAAUGUACACAGCGGGUGUAUCAAAUAAAUCAAGGAAUUCGAAAGUAUUGGUAUUCGUUAAUACAAACGAUAGAGCGGAAAAAGUUUGUGAAUAUUUCAACGAAAAGGGACUUAAAAGUGCUGUCAUGACUAGUAUAUCUAAGGGUAGAUCUAAAGUAUCUAACAGACCUAUAAAGGAGUUUCUCAGAAAUGCUGAACAUACUCCUGAUUCACCUCAAGUUUUAGUAACGACUUCACUGUUAGCCCGUGGAUUAGAUUUUGGUACUCAUGUUCAGAAUGUCUUUAUCGCUGAGGAAAGUGGUAGCACUGUUGACUUUUUACAUCGCGCUGGUAGAACUGGUAGAGCGGGUGCCCAAGGAAAUGUUACUGUAAUGGUUCCUAACAAAAAGUACCAAGAUAUGACGAAGAGGAGACGCUAAUUGCUUGUAUUAUUUAUUGUUAUAGAAUUUUGAUAUCAUAG